AUGUCAUCUUACGAAACUAUUUUAGCAAGUGAAAUAUUUACUCCCUUACUCGACUUUUUAAGAAACGAAUCUUUAGAUCAAAUCACCAUCUCUAGGAUUUUUUACCAGCAAUGGAGUCUUUUCAAAAUUCAAACUGAAGAUGCGGACUGUGAAUAUCUUGAGCGUUUAUUAAUAAAAAUUGAAAGUGAAGAUAUUGCUGAUGAUCGUAAAAAACAUCUGAAGUCGCUACGAGAAAAUAAACUGAUACGAUAUAAUCGAAAAGAACUCAUGUCAUUAGUAGAUGCAGGUUUAUUACGGGAGAAAUUUAAAGAACAAGUGGACUGGAAAAAUACAGCUUCUAGUAACAUAUCCAUAUUAAGAGAAGCAAUAAAAAAAGAAAAUACACCGACCCACAACCAUCUUUUCAAGAAAUUAUGUGAGAUAGAUAUAGAUGAUUUAACACAUGAUGAUCUAUUGUGUAAUGGUAUAGUUGACCUAGGAUCAGAUCGAUUUCAGAUUCCAGAAAGUGAAUAUAAUGAUCUAAUUAAGGAGAAAGCAUGUAUAAGAACAUUGAAUAAAAAUACUUUAAUAAAGAAUAUAUGUGCCGAUUUUGUGGAAAAAAGAGAUGAACUCCAUCGAUUAUAUAAGUUUGUAUUAUCAACAAAGGAAGCAGUAACGCAUUCACGAUGGAUCGAGCAGGAGCAGGACAGGGAGCGCAUUGCAAGGGUUAUUACUGAUGUUCUUUUACAGGAGAUAAGGUUUAAUGCACUUCGUAAAAUUUCUAGAGGGUCUGAAAAUUCACUAGUAGAAAUCAUAGCACGACUGAUGGAUGCUACUAUGUAUCGUCUACCUGUUGAAUGUGAAAUUGAUGUAACAAGGGCCGAAUGGCAAAGUAAAGCCAGCAAAAACCGCAAGGUUAAACAAAGUAUAGGAUCAAGAGGGGAUAAGCCAGAUCUCAUGAUACGAUCAUAUCAUCGGCAAAAAUGGGAGGAAAUCGUGUACUUCGAGAGUGGCAAGUGGAAAUCCAACGAUAACAAAAUACUUGAUGACCAUAAUAAACUAGCUCAAUUCUGCCUUGAUGGGUAUGAUGAGAUCGAAAAAAAGUGCAUAACUGAAGUUCUCUACAAAAAUUAUAUGGGUUUUGGUGUUAAUGUUGCAGGUGAAUACCUUGUAAUCCAUGGACUUGCACGAGAAGGAGGGGUUAAAUAUUAUCUUCCGGUAUCUAAAGUGAAAAUACCACUCAAUAUGGAAUCGGUUGAAGAGGUGGAAGAAUUUAUUCAUGCUCUAUUAACAUUACGAUUUUCAGACGAGAAGCAAGAAGAAUAA